AUAUUUUUUUUUAAUAAAAAAAUAUUUUAAAAAUUUUACUUGUUGAAAAAUAAAAAUAAUUUUAAGUGAAAUUAUAUAUAGAAGUAAUGAGAAAAUAAAUUGUUUAAGAAACUUGAAGAUGAUUUUUUAAGACAAUAUUUUGACAUUGAAAUUUUUUUUACCAAAAAACAAAACAAUUUAAAUUUAAAGCAAAAAAAAAAAACAAUUAGUUGUGGGCAUUUAAAGUUUUUAAAAACAAAAUAAAUUAUUUGGUUAAAUAUUUAAAAAAAAAUCUAAAAAAAUUAAUCAAUAACAAUUUUAAGAAAAAAAAUCUAUACAUUCUUUAUGGAAAAUUAAAUAUAAACAUAUAAAAGAUUUUCUCCCUGAUUACUAAAACGUGUAUAUUUGUUGUUUAUUAAUGUAUAUGUAUAUAUGUAUAUAUACACCUUAAGAAAAAGUGCGUGUUUUUAAACCGUUUAUCAUUGGAAAACAAGAGAAACAACAACAAACAUAUAAAUAUAAAUAAAUAGAUUUUUAACAAAAUAUUUUGCAUAGUUUUUUUCUUUCCUUGUUCCAAACACACAAUAACAACAACAACGAACUAAAAUUAAUAUAAAUAAAUAAAAUAAUAUAAAAAUCUAUAUAUUUGACUCACUAUGACUACCCGUGGCAUUCGACGUAAAAAAUCCACUUUAACGGAAUUAAAAAUUGCGGUAGUUGGGGCUCCUAGUGUUGGCAAAAGUGCCCUCAUAGUACGUUUUUUAACCAAACGUUAUAUUGGUGAAUAUGAUCAUCAAACAGAAAAUCGAUAUAAACAUGAAGCCUUGGUCGAUGGGGAGCCAGUAUUAUUUGAAAUACUAGACACAUGUCCCAAGGUAAAAUAG